AUGACUCGGGCUCGCCGGACGAGGAGAAGCCAUUUCGGUAAUAAGAAUAUGGAACGGUCGUUGACGGCCAAAGAGAUCGCGGAGCUGAACGAGUUGUUAAAGUGGGUUUUGUUUGGUUACUAUCCUCUAAUGUUAGACAGGCUCGAGGUUAUCAUGAAGGGGGGCACUGAGAUCACAGAUGACUUGGACCAAACCCACGUGUUCGGCUUCUUCGUAAUCUACCAGGCAGCUGGGCAAUAUCAAGACUUUGGGAAUUCGGCCGUCAUGCGGUCUUUGCUGGGCCUUUCCCACUUAGAGCAGAUCUAUACCCCUGAACUUGAUCCUACAGAUUUUUGA